AUGCCGCCUCUCCGCGCCUGAGAGCGACGCUGGGGCUGAGGCGGGCCAUGAGGCGGUGCUUGAGCCUGGGCGUUUUGGAACCCCGGCCCCCGGGGAAGCGGUGGCUGGUGGCCGGCCUGGGGAACCCUGGACUGCCCCGCACGCGGCACAGCGUGGGCUUGGCGGUGCUGGGGCAGCUGGCGCAGCGGCUGGGAGUGGCGGACGGCUGGGCGCGCGACCGGCACUGCGCCGCCGACCUCGCGCUGGCCUCGCUCGGGGAUGCCCAGCUCGUCCUGCUUCGGCCGCGGCGCCUCAUGAACGUCAACGGGCGCUGCGUGGCCCGGGCGGCCGAGCUGUUUGGGCUGACUGCUGAGGAGGUCUACCUGGUGCACGAUGAACUGGACAAGCCCCUGGGGAAACUGGCUCUGAAGCUUGGGGGAAGCUCCAGGGGCCACAAAGGAGUCCGUUCCUGCAUUGCGUGUCUCAACUCCAGUGCAAUGCCAAGGCUGCGGGUGGGCAUCGGGCGCCCGUCACACCCUGACAUGGUGCAGGCCCACGUGCUGGGCUGUUUCUCCGCCGCUGAACAGGAGCUGCUGCCUCCAUUGCUGGAGCGAGCUGCCGACCUGCUCCUGGACCACAUCCGUGAGCGAAGCCAGGGCCCCCCUUCAGGCUUUGCCAUCACUGGACACGAGCCUGCCUGACCACCGUGCCCACACCCCCAAGCACGUUCACAGAGGUGCCAUGCCAACUUUGUGGUAUCCACUUUUUAUAGAACUCUUCUCUGGGCUGCCCCAGACUGCCUGUUAAUUAAAGAGACUGUGGCCACAGUGGCCCACUUCUGGAAUAGGGGUUGGUCAUCUCUCUGUGUCUUACUUAGAAAGUAGAGAAACUUCAGGAAGACUAAACUUUUUGAACCUUU